AUGGUGAUGCAAACCCAAGUGCAUGGGUAUAUUAGCCCCAGGGGGUACUACACGGCCUUCGAGAUCAAAUCGAGCACUGAUGGAUUGCCCAUUGACGGAUUUAAUUUCAUCGUCAGGAGCUUUGGCACUGCCAGGUCCUGCAUCCAGGCAAGUUUUUCUGGUUCCACCACAUCCAUGUGUGGUAUUGAAGUAGCUGAUUCCAGACCCAGGGAAGCAAGAAGGGAGGCAGUAUCAAUGGAAGGCUUUGUUUCUUGUUGCGGCGAGGAGUCUAUGUCCAUUGGUUCUGCUGGAAGACUUCCGUGAGGUUUCUUGUGAAUAAGGAAGGAAAUCAGCUUCGGAUCCAUGGAAGAAAGUAGAGCCUCUCUUUCACGCAAUAUAUCCUCUUCAGACAAUUGUGAGAGCCUGUUGAUACUCAUCUCAUGAAUUCGAACGAGUUCAUUAGCCGCAACACUCUUUUCCUUCCGAAUCACAACCGGUCCAAUAGUAUCCAAUUCCUUCAAAGGCUGCGAUAAUUUAUCUGGUGCUAUAAUCUGGGGCUGUAGAUCCGAUUCAAUAUUCAAAACCUUCCCCUCCUUAGCAGCCAAAAGUUGCCGAGCAAAGAGACUUCUCUUUCGAGGUUGCUCAGAAUUCAAUCUUUUUGCAGCUAACAAAAGGCCUUCAUCUCUAAUAGUAUCUCCUAAAACUGGGACGUGAGGUUGUCCGGUCGCUUCAGCUAUGGGAACUUCUGAGUUACAGUUUGACCCAUCUGUGGGAGUGAUUCGUUCAAUGAUCUUAGAACCAAAUGGAGAUAUCAAACAUGAAGAAUCCUUAUAUUGGGAUGUAUUGCGUGGAAAUUGAUGAGAGCAGAUUUGUGUAUUCACAAUUCGAGCGGCUCGAGGAUUUCUGAGAUACUCGGCCUGUUCAGAAGAAGAUCCUCCUCAGCUUUUGCAAAUCUAUUAA